CAGAAACAUCACAUGAUUUCCUUUACACACACAAAAAGCUAUCUGACAGAGUGAAGUGCUCAUUUUACUGAUUGUAAGUGCUCCAGUCUACCGUUUACAAAGAAAAGAACACAGAAAUACAUAAAAUGGGUGACACUAGUGAAAAUCCGAUUUAUUCUUCUUUCUUUGGCGUUAUGGGAGCCUCUGCAGCUAUCAUUUUCAGCUCACUGGGAGCUGCCUAUGGGACUGCAAAGAGUGGAACUGGCAUUGCUGCCAUGAGUGUAAUGAGACCAGAUCUGAUCAUGAAGUCUGUGAUCCCUGUGGUUAUGGCUGGUAUCAUUGCUAUCUACGGUCUUGUUGUUUCUGUACUCAUUGCUAACCAAAUGGCUAAAGAUAUCAGUCUCUACAAGUCCUUUUUGUUUCUUGGUGCUGGACUGUCUGUUGGUUUCAGUGGCUUAGCUGCAGGGUUCUCAAUUGGCAUUGUUGGUGAUGCAGGCGUGCGUGGUACUGCCCAGCAGCCUCGACUGUUUGUCGGUAUGAUCCUGAUCCUGAUCUUCGCAGAAGUGCUGGGAUUGUAUGGACUUAUUGUCGCUCUUGUGCUUUCCACAAGGAAUUAGUGAACACUCACUAAUUGCUAAAAUGUGUACUCCGUUCCUUUCUUUUGACAAUAUGUAGCUAAUAUCACUGUGAAGCAACAAUACUAGAGACUUAAGUAGAUGUACACGUAUUUGAUGUUAGUAUUAAUUUUAUGUUUCUGGCUGUAUGUAAUAUACAUGUAACAAUUAUAUAAUUAUUGUCAAGUGUG